AGGGGACGAACUUACGCAGUAGUUCAUGUUUAUAUCAAAGUUAGUAAGUGGUGAUUGUUAUAUUUUCAAGUAUGUUCUAUAAAAACUGGAAUUUCAAUUGUUUUAGAUGGAACCAAUGGCAUUAGGAAGUCCCAGCAGUCCAACAACGCCAGGGAUAAACCCCAAUUUUUUACCUUCAUUUUUAAUGGGUGAGACCCAAACCUUAAACUCAUCAAAUAUACCAACGCCUGGUGCAAGUCGAACCCCCAACGUCAAAUAUACCUCAACACCGGAUUCAAGAAAUCUCCGCCAAAAACUCUUUAAUCAAUCCUUAAACGAAUCAUAUCAAAAUAAUAUGAAUCAAGGCAAUUUCCAAUCGCCACCGUAUAAUAAUGUUCAACCGGAACGGACGGGACCACCAAAACAAGGUCUUUUUGAUACGAUUGAUAAAUCAACCCCUCCAGUUUUAAGUAGUACUGUGCAAUUUACUCCCGGUCAAGGAUCGUUUCCCACUGAAAGCUUUUCCAUUAUAGGAAAUGAAUCAAUAAAUUAUAAUAUUAUUUCUCCAGGGCAUGAUUCAAUGAAUAAAUUUAAUUACACCUCCAUUCAACAUAAACAACAACAUGAAGGAAUGUGGGUGACUGUUUUUGGGUUCCCACCAAGUGCUACAAGUUUGGUUUUAGCCCAAUUAGCAAAUUAUGGCUCGAUAGUUGACAAGAAAUUUCCAACACAAGGAAAUUGGAUUCAUUUGAAAUAUAGUUCGCCUUUAGAAGCGAAUAAAGCGUUGGCUUUACAUGGAAAAUUAAUCUCUAAUAGUAUAAUGAUAGGGGUGGUGCCUUUUGUUAAUAAAAAUAAAAGUGAGAAUAAAGAAAAUAUGGAGAAUGAUGUUUCUACUCCAGUUAGAGCACGGUCAUUACGACAAAGUUAUAUAACACCACAACCAAGUAGUCCUGUUGUACCUCAAAAUGUUCCUCAAAAAUCAACUGGUUUGGUUGGUAAAGCAAUGGAAUAUGUUUUCGGAUGGUGAGCUAAUUAAAAUGAAGAUUAAAAAAAAAAAAUAGGUGAUUGAGUUUAAAGAUAGAGAUAUAAUCAAUUUUUCUGUUCUUUUUUCAUUUUUGUAAAAUUCAGUUUUGUCAAGUUUUAAAUUUGUGUCUUAUUUAUACAAUUUUUGAUAUCUUUUUAAAAUGAAUGAAUUGUGUACAUUUUUGCUGUUUAUUUCUAAUAAAAACACUUAUUUUCAUAUAAA